GUGGAGCGUUAAGAAGUUCCGGAGGAGCUGAGCGCGGCGGACGGCGGUGUGGCACGGUUCCUACCUACUGGGCUCACCUACGAGGGGCUCCGGGCGCGAGGGUGGCGCGGGCGUCCCGGGAACCCAGCGAUCCGAGGACGCUGCCCGGCCCUUCCCACUGCACUUCCUUCCUUUUCCCGAACGUCCAGGAGGGAGGGGGCCACGCGUUUAUAAGCCAGCCCAGCCGAGGGCAGAGCAGAGCUGUGUCUCCUCCAGGACCUGCGCCGCGCCCUCCGCUCCGCCUCCGCCCGCGCGCCCUGGCCCCGCGCGGCAUGCUCGGGGUGCUGCUCCUCGGCAUGCUGGCCCUGGCCAGCCUGGGGCUCCCGGCGCCCGCGCAUCCGCGGCCCAGCGGCGGCCAGUGUGUGGAGCGCGAGUGCUUCGCGCUCUUCCACGGCCCCGCGACCUUCGCCAACGCCAGCCUGGUUUGCGAGCGACUGCGCGGGCACCUGAUGACCGUGCGCUCCACGGUGGCUGCAGAGGUUAUCUCUCUGCUCCUGAGCAGCGACGGUGGCUGGAGCCCGCGCCUCUGGAUCGGCCUACAGCGCCCUCAGGGCUGCGGGGAGCACGGGCCGUUUGGGCCCUUGCGCGGCUUCCAGUGGGUGACGGGCGACAACCACACAAGCUACAGCAGGUGGGCGCGGCCCAACGGUGACGGCGACGGUGCGCCCCCCUGCGGCCCACUGUGCGUCGCAGUGUCGGUGGCAGCCACCGGGCCUGGCGACCCGGCCUGGGAGGCGCAGCCCUGUGAGGAGGAGGCGGCCGGCUUCCUGUGCGAGCUGCACUUCGAGGCCUCCUGCGGGCCCCUGGCGGUGGAGGCCGGUGAGAGCCGCGUCUCUGUCACCUACAAUACCCCGUUCGGGGCGCAAGGCGCAGACUUCCAGGCGCUGCCGGUGGGCAGCUCGGCGGCGGUGCCUGCACUCGGGCUGCAGCUGGAGUGCGCUGCGCCGCCUGCUGCAGCAGAAGGGCGCUGGGGGCGUGAGGCGCCUGGCGCCUGGGACUGCGCAGUGGAGAAGGGUGGGUGCGAGCACGCGUGCAACCAGAGCACGGGGGUGCCGAGGUGUGUCUGCCCGCCGGAGGCCACGCUGCAAGCAGAUGGGCGCUCCUGCACCGCCCCAGCUGAGCCCUCCUGCAAUCACAGCCUCUGCGAGCAGUUCUGCGUGAGUGAUCCCGCAGCGCCAGGCUCCUACUCCUGUAUGUGCAUCGCAGGCUUCAAGCUGGGGGCCGACCAGCACUCGUGUGAGGACGUGGACGACUGCGCACAGGUGCCCGGUCUGUGCCAGCAGCUCUGUGUCAACACCAACGGUGGCUUCGAGUGCCUCUGCUAUGAGGGCUAUGAGAUGGUAGACGGCGAGUGCGUGGAAUUGCUGGACCCCUGCUUCGGGUCAGACUGUGAGUACCAGUGCCAGCCCGUGGGCAGGGACAAGUAUGAAUGCAUCUGUGCCGAAGGCUUCAGGCCCAUCCCAGAAAACCCGAACCACUGCCAGCUGUUCUGCAACGAGACCGAGUGCCCCGCUGACUGCGACCCCCACACCCCCACCGUUUGCUACUGCCCUGAAGGCUUCAUCCUGGACGAAGGUAGCAUGUGCGUGGACAUUGACGAGUGCGAGCAAGGCUACUGCGGUGAGCACCAGUGCCACAACUUACUGGGCACCUACAAGUGCAUCUGUGGGCCUGGGUCCCCCCUCGAGGGCCAGGAGAGCCUUGACUGUGACAUCAAACCCAGCCAGAAGACAAAAGUGGAGGGCAUCCUGGAGGAAGAAGGCUCUGGGGAGUAUUCCACCGGCUCCACGCCAGGCCCCACUCUGAGAACCCCGCCUGCAGGACCGGUGCGUUCUGUUGUGCUCAUAGGCACCUCCAUCUCCACACUGUCCCUCGUGGUGGCGCUUUUAGCGCUCCUUUGCCACCUGCGCAAGAAGCGGGGCUCGGCCCGUGGGGAGAUGGAGUACAAGUGCGCGUCCCCCGCCAAAGCUGUGGCCCUGCAGAAGUUUUGAGGUCCUGCAGCAUGCAGGGUGCCCUCCCUCCUCUUUGCCCCUUCUGCUCGCUCCCUGGCUGCUCAGAAGCACCCUGGCGGCACCUCGAGAAGACCCUCCCGGCCCUCUGCCUGGGAGCCCUGGAGGGGUGAAGCUGCCUCAUCAGGGUAGAGUACAGAUUUACUGUGAGGACAGACUGCCAAGGGGCCCGGCCCUGCGUGGGUGCGGCAAGGGUGAGCACUGCUGGCCCUUAGCUUUGAGGGCAGACUCCUACCACAGGGCUGGUGACAACCGAGAUAUUUAUUUUUUUAAGUAUUUAGCUUUUUGCCUCUUUCCUUUUCUCCCCUUUACCUGUCUGUCUCCGAUGCUCACUUCCCAUGUUCCCCCACUUCUGUGCAUCUGACGCUCUCUUUGCCUAUACUCGACCUACUUCUUGGCUCUUAACUGUCUAUCCAAGCAGAACUGCUACUUGAGACAGAAACAAAAACACUAAAAACAAAAACACUUGCACAUUUCCUUUUUCCCUAGCUCUGCUAAUUUAUUUAUCCUGAAAUUUCAUGCUUCCAGAGCAAAGUCGUUUUAACAGAGUUUAAUAGGCGAUCAUUAAAUUAAUAUUGCUGGACUGCCACAGAAAUUAAGCCCAAGGAAUUGUCUUAUCUUUGUUUUUUUAAAUAACGAGUCUGAGUUUUAUUCUUGUUUUGAUUUGAAUGAGAAAACAGUAAUUGUUGUUAAGUGUCUUAGGCAGUUUCCUUUAUUACAGUUAGGUUUCGGCAGUGUUGAAAUGUUCUGAUGCUUGCUUUAGGUUGAGAGAGAAGCGACCCCGAGAGAGGGGCCAAGAAGGUUUCAAGCUGCCUGCUUCAGGCCAGUUGGAAUCUCAGCUGCUCUUACUUACUCACUUGUGCUCCAAAAUAAAAACCCUCCCCCUUCCCAGGGGACUUGGAGCUGGGGAAUUGGCCCUCAAGGACAGGCAGUCAGGGGCUUCCUUACUGUGUCCUUGAAUGUCUCCUGCUUUGGAGGAACCUUCCAGCCCUGGCCACCGGUGUGUGGUCCCUGGCCAGGAUCGGAGCCCCCAUGGGAGUGGGAGAGGUGGGGAGGAUCCUGAACCCCACCCCAUCCAGCUCACCAGAAACUGCAGGGGCUCCUCUGUGUAGUCACUUGAGGACAGUUGUUCUCGACCGUUUCCAGCUUUCUGGAAAACAUUAAAUAUGGGUCAGUAAUAAGUAGCGGGCCUAGCCAGGCCCUCAAUUCUCAAGAAACUGAGGAAUUUUCAUUGUAUAGCUUUGUUCUCUGGCAGAAAAGAUUAGGUACACACCACUGGACUCCGCCACAGGGUCGAGAAGGGCCUUGGUUGCAGUAAGGCCUAGGCAUGAGUCAUGCUCCAGUGAAUGGAAAAACUGUAUCAUGUAAGUGUAUCUUUGUAAGGCAAAGGUUUUCCUCUACUGUGUUGUAAACUCAGCACAUUUGUACAUAUUAUUUAUUGGAGUUAAACUAGAACACAGGCAAAACCCUUGCUUAUGAUGUCACUUGUACAAAAUAAACAAAUUACAGCGUGCUCAUGUGUUCAUUCA